UAAUGCGUCGUUAUAUGCGUCACUUCCCCGGAUGUCGUUCUUUUUUUCUUAGCAGAGAUGGCAGAGGGAGACAAAAAGCCUGCGGCGGGAGACAAAAAGCCUGCGGCGGGUGACAAAAAGCCGUCGGCGGGUAACAAAAAGCCGUCGGCGGGUGACAAAAAGCCGUCGGCGGGUGACAAAAAGCCGUCGGCGGGUGACAAAAAGCCGUCGGCGGCAGCCAAGAAGCCGGCUGCGGGAGGCAAGAAGCCGGCUGCGGGAGCCAAGAAGCCGGCGGCGGGAGGCAAAAAGCUAGCCCCGGGAGGCAAAAAGCCGGUGGCGGCAGGCAAAAAGUUUGUGGCGAAAGGUAAAAAGCCGGCGGCAGGAGACAAAAAACCUGUGGCGGGAGACAAAAAGCCGGCGGCGGGUGACAAAAAACCUGCGACGGAAGGGAAAUCACUAGCCAAGAAGGCGCACGCGAGCCGUAACCCGGUCCUGGCCCGGGGUAUCGGCCGUUACUCCCGCUCGGCUAUGUACGCUCGUCGCGCCAUGUACAAGCGGAAGACCAAGAUGUCCGAGACUAAGGUGGAGAAGAAGUUGAAAGCGAAACGCAAAACCUACGUUGUCAAGACCGUUGGCGGUGACAAGAAUGGAGGCACCCGUAAGGUCAAGCUUCGCAAGUUGCCCCGCUACUACCCCACAGAGGACGUCCCCCGCAAGCUGAAGAGCCACGGGAAGAAGCCCUUCAGCCAGCACAGGAGGCGGCUGCGCUCCUCCAUCACACCGGGCACCGUUCUCAUCCUGCUCACCGGCCGCCACCGCGGGAAGCGCGUGGUCUUCCUGAAGCAGCUCCCAAGCGGUCUCCUGCUCGUCACCGGUCCCCUCGCCUUGAACAGAGUCCCCCUGCGCAGGGCUCACCAGAAGUUUGUCAUCGCCACCAACACCAAAGUGGACAUCACCCCGAUGAAGCUCCCCAAGAUGCUUAAUGACGUCUACUUCAAGAAGAAGAAGCUGAGGAGGCCUCGUCACCAGGAGGGGGAAAUCUUCGACACGGAGAAGGAGAAGUACCAGCUGACCGAGCAGAGGAAGGCGGACCAGAAGGCGGUGGACUCGCAGCUCAUGCCGCUCAUCAAGAAAGUUCCCCAGCUCAGAGGAUACCUGCGCGGUUCCUUCUGCCUUUCCAAUGGUGUAUUUCCUCACAAGCUGGUUUUCUAAGUGUGCUAAUAAAAGGUUCUGGAACGUU